UCCUGACAGGAGCAUAGUGACCCGCGAACACCGCUACCUCCCGCACUUCCAACAAACCCAGAUUUACCUCCACAUCGCACUGCUAUAUCGCAAUAUUAUUGUCGCUGCUAUCUCAAAUCAACUCCAUGACGAUUCAACCCCGAUUUUUUUCAUACAAACCCGGCGCCGUCCAGGACCCGUGGCGGCGGGAGGCGGGUCCUCAAGAUGGCGGCGGCUCUGAGGGGCCGCGCCAAGAUGGCGGCGGCGGCAGCGGCUUGAGGAGCGGCCGGGGCUCCCCGCGCUCCUCCCGCGGCCCCGCCGCGCCUUUUUGGGGGCUCCCCGCGGUUUCGGGGGGCUCGGGGAGAGCGCGGAGAUGGCGGAGGAGAAGAAGCUGAAGCUGAGCCACACGCUGCUGCCCGCCGAGUCCAUGAAGGUGAUGGCGGAGGCCAUGGGGGUGCCGGGGGUCCCUGAGGAGACGUGUCAGCUGCUGGCGGAGGAGGCGAGCUACCGCCUCAAGGAGGUGGCUCAGGACGCUCUCAAGUUCAUGCACAUGGGGAAGAGAAGGAAACUCACAACGGGGGACGUGGAUUUUGCCCUAAAACUGAAAAAUGUAGAGCCUCUGUACGGGUUCCACGCGCAGGAGUUCAUCCCGUUUCGCUUCGCCAGCGGCGGCGGGCGGGAGCUUUAUUUCUACGAGGAGAAGGAGGUGGAUCUGAGCGACAUCAUCAACACGCCCCUGCCCAGAGUGCCCCUGGACGUGUGCCUCAAGGCUCACUGGCUCAGCAUCGAGGGGGUGCAGCCGGCGAUCCCCGAAAAUCCCCCGCCAGCCCCCAAGGAGCAGCAGAAGGCCGAGGCCACGGAGCCGCUGAAGUCGGCCAAGCCCGGCCAGGAGGACGAGGGGACCCCCAAAGGCAAAGGGCCCGGGGGGGGCGGGGGCGACCCCAAAGCAGGGAAGGAGAAGAAGGCGCCGCUGCUGGAGGCGCCCCCGGUGCGGCUGAAGGCGCGCAGCGUGCACGAGCUGAGCGUGGAGCAGCAGCUCUACUACAAGGAGAUCACCGAGGCCUGCGUGGGCUCCUGCGAGGCCAAACGGGCCGAGGCCCUGCAGAGCAUCGCCACCGACCCCGGGCUGUACCAGAUGCUGCCGCGCUUCAGCACCUUCAUCUCUGAGGGGGUGCGGGUGAACGUGGUGCAGAACAACCUGGCCCUGCUCAUCUACCUGAUGAGGAUGGUGAAGGCGCUGAUGGACAACCCCACGCUGUACCUGGAGAAAUACCUGCACGAGCUGAUCCCGGCGGUGAUGACGUGCAUCGUCAGCCGCCAGCUGUGCCUGCGGCCAGAUGUGGACAACCACUGGGCCCUGCGCGACUUCGCCGCCCGCCUGGUGGCGCAGGUGUGCAAGAACUUCAGCACCACCACCAACAACAUCCAGUCCCGCAUCACCAAAACCUUCACCAAGAGCUGGGUCGAUGACAAGACGCCCUGGACCACGCGCUACGGAUCCAUCGCGGGGCUGGCGGAGCUGGGCCACGACGUGAUCAAGACCCUGAUCCUGCCGCGGCUGCCGGCCGAGGGCGAGCGCGUGCGGAACAUUCUGGAAGGGCCGGUGGUGAGCACCAUCGACCGCAUCGGGGCCGACCACGUGCAGAGCCUGCUGCUGAAGCACUGCGCCCCCGUGCUGGCCAAGGCGCGCCCGCCCCCCGACAGCCCCGAGUGCUACCGCGGCGAUUUCGGGUACCUGGGGGGGCUCCUCUGCUCACACGUGGUCAAGGCCCGGGCCCAGGCGGCGCUGCAGGCCCAGCAGGUCAACCGGACCACGCUGACCAUCACCCAGCCGCGCCCCACGCUGACGCUGUCGCAGGCCCCGCAGGCUCCGGGCGCCGCGCCGCGCCCGCCCAGCAUCAUCAAGGUGCCCAGCGCCAUCGCCCUGCCCGUCCCCGUCCCCGUCCCUGUCCCCACGCUGGCCCCCGGCCGCCCCGGCACCCCCACGCAGCCGUCGCCGCCGCCCCCCAAGUUCAUCGUCAUGUCCUCGGCCAGCAGCGCCGGGCAGCAGGUGAUCACGCUGAGCACGUCCCCCGCGCCCACGGCCACCUCUCCUGUCACCACCACGGUCCCCAGCGUGCAGCCGCUGGUCAAGCUGGUGUCCCCCGCUGUCCCCGGCGGCGCCACCGCCCCCGCCGGCGGCAGUGCCACCAGCGGCGCCGCCGGCGUCACCGGCACGGUGCAGAAAUACAUCGUGGUGUCCCUGCCGCCCGCCGCCGGUGACGCCGCCAAGGGUGGCACCGCCACCGCCACCCCGCCGCCCGCCCCGCAGCUGUCCCCAAGUGCCACCGGCGGCUCCCCGGUGGCCACCGCGGCCGCCCCUAAGGGCGAGGCUGGGGACAGUCCCCAAAGUGCCACCGCCGCUGCCACCGCUGCUGUCCCCUUCAAAGCCAACGGGACAGCCGCGGUGACGGGGACACAGGAGCCACCGGCGGGGCAGUGACACGCGCCGAGGGACACCGGAGUGUCACCGGAGUGUCACCGGAGUGUCACCAAGGGGCAUCAAAGGGGUCCCGAUGUCCCCAAGAUCACCAGAGGGGUCCCAGGGACACCAGAGUGUCCCCAAGGGGGCUCCAAGGUGUCACCAAGGGUCAUCAAAGGGGUCCCAAUGUCACCAAGGGGUCCCAGUGUCACCAAGGGUCACCAGAGGGGUCCCAGGGACACCAGAGUGUCACCAGAGUGUCACCGAGGGUCACCGGAGGGGUCCCAAUGUCACCAGAGUGUCCCCAGGGGGGCACCAGGGUCAUCAGAGGGGUCCCAAUGUCCCCAAGGGGUCCCAAUGUCCCCAAGAUCACCAGAGGGGUCCCAGGGUCACCAAAGUGUCCCCAAGGGUCAUGAGAGGGGUCCCAAUGUCCCCCAGGGGUCCCCAGAAUGUCCCCAAAGUGUCCCCUGGGACCCCUCGGGGGAGGACAGGAGGGUCUGGGUGUCCCCAGAG